AUGAUCAUUCGGUUCGACUUUGCCAAAGGAGAAAAACUGCUCGUCGACGGCGAUGCAGGGGAACAUCCGAUCUUUGAAAGUCCCCUCAUCAAAGAUAUCAUUGACUGCCACCAAGAAAAUGGGAACGGUGGUCCAGUAAUCGUUGAGCUACCGUCCUUUAUUGAUCACUCUUCCAUGAAUGAGUAUUGCCUUUUCCUGAUCAAUCUACAUCAGGGCGGAGACGAAGAAAUGGAAUUUGGAAAAUACUACGAAUUGACUUAUCAGACUGUAUAUCAAGAUCAUCGACAUUACUGGCGAUGGGCAAGCUCACAGAGCAAGCCCUCUCCCAAGAUGCAAGCCUUUCUGGAUUGGGUCGAAUUCUACCGUGGCGGCUGCAAACCGGAGUCUCCAAAGUUGCUUCUUCCCAUUGCCAAGUACUUUCAAAUGGAUAUGUGCGCCAGGUGUGGAGUGAUGGAUUCAUUGUCGGCGGAUCAGCUGGAAAAGGGCUUUCAGCCUUGCUGCCGAACGAAAUGGCCAAGAACUCCUGUGGUACCUGAUUGGGACACUGUCACAAAGAGCUCGGGAAACAAACAGAAAGUCUGGAGGGAGGCGUGGGAUCAGGCAGACAAGGAACGCAAGGAGACAGGUAGAGUAGUCUGUGGAAGCGACGACAUCUUAUGCAAAGAUUGCGUCUUCCAGGAAGGUUGCCAAAGGUGCAGGCAGUACGAGUGCGAAGACUGUAAGCAGGACACCGAUACACCCAAGGUUUUCCAGGAGUGGCACGAUGGCUUUCCCAAUGCAGACUACGAGGAUGAAUAUGGUCGAAGGUCUGACUGUGAGUAUCGGGCUAUCAACAAAAGCCGCUGCUUGAGGCACUAUUGUAGGCGCAGAAUCUGCGACGGGUGCAGUGUGGAGUGUCAGGAGUGCCACCGGAAAGCCUGUGACUCCUGCAAGGAGGAUCUGAACACCUGGUGUGAGCAGUGCAGGAUCACAAUCGAGAACAAUGAUGAUGUCGCCAUUGGGCCAAUUGAUCGUACAGAAUACGUUUGUCGGGAAUGCUUUGAUCGUCGGCCUCACUUUUGUGGCUGUGGGAAUCCCAGUUACGACCCCAAUGCUGUAGCGGAGGAUGAUGAAGAAGACGAGGAUAAUUCAGGAAGCGAGGAAGAGCCAGAGGAGUACUACGAUAUUCUAGCUCCAGAGGAUUACCCGCAGCAUGAUUAUGAUUCCGAGGGGGCGGUGCCGCACGACUGGUACUAG